AUAUUUUGCUUCUCUCCUCCUGAAAAGGUGCUGACUCUGAUGUUAGAAUCCAACAGUGCCAAAGAUCUUGCUUGUCUCAUCAGUGGCUACUACAGGAUGUUUGUCAAUUCAAGCCAUUCCCUAUUUGUCUGGGGAGAGAAAAAGCCCCAAACACACCGCUUCUCAGCCGAGGAAGGAUAUGAAUCUAGAACCUGCAGUGACUCUGAAGACUCUUCGGAACCAGAUUCUUCCUUGGACCAGUUUUCAGACACUCAUUCACCCAGGCUCAGUAGUCUUAGACCCCAGCCAGAGGGAGAGCCAAAGGAGCUAGAGCAAGAAAUGACAACUCUGGGGGGCAAAGGGGUAGACUAUUGCAAUGGGUAUGACAACACAAAUGAUAGCUUGUCAGAAGCCUCUGACUCAGUCAACUCAGAGAGCCAGGGGCUUAAGACCAGCGGUUCAAGUGACUCAAUGGAUGCUCUGGAGGAGGAUGAUCUAGAAACAUGCUCAUCAAGUGGGCCAGAGUUUUUAAAUUUUUAUACCCCAACUCUUCAAGAGUUGACGGGCAAUAACAAGGCCUUACUGGGGAAAGACCCAGAAGAGGGCCACAGACUGGCACAGGAUUAUUUCUUUUCCUUUCUCCUGCCACCCAGCCUUUCCAGUCCUGUGCCUGUGCAGCCAGAGACAGAAUUCAGAAGAGAACAUGAAAUAAAUGGUUCAGCUCUGGCAUCCAAGCUAGCUGACAACAACAUCAUGGAGUAUUACAGCCUUUGUGCUAACAUCUCACCAGCCAGCAGUGGAGAGAAGAACACCCAGAGUAACAGCCCAGAGGGAAGCUCUUUAAAUGAGCCAGAGGAAGAUGAAGGAAUCCAUGAAGGUGAGACGCAGGGUUUCAUCUUGGCUCCUCCUCCUGGAUUUGGAGAUACCGGCUCAGAUGAUGAGUUUUAUGAUGCCGCAGAAAGAAUUACGCCAACAGAGAAGUUUGCAG